GACAGUUCUGUAACCUCUGUCUAGCUGGUAGGUCUUUCCUCUCAGCUUGUUCUGAAGAAACGAUGAUCUUGGCAAUAAUCCUCUUCACCACUGCAUGGCUCGUGGUCCUGGGAGUCAGUGUAUGGGUUCUCCUAAAAGAGAUCUUCAUUGUUCAUGUUCCUCUUGGCAUACCCCACCGACUGAGAUUUCACAUUCUACACUACUUAUUCGAGCUGACAAUAACAUUGGGGAAUUUACUGGAGAAGAUGAAAAUUUGCAGCAUGCCCCGCUUUUUCUGCCUUAUACAAGACCUGUUGGUGACAAAGAACAGCUCUGGGGUGUUGGUGAAGAACCUGCAUUUCGGCUCAAUCCCUGUGAGGCUGUUUCAGCCAAAGGCAGCCUGCUGUGGUCCACGGAGAGGCAUUAUCUUCUACCAUGGAGGAGGUGGCAUGUUCGGUGGCCUGGAUUGUUACCACAACGUAUGCAGUUAUCUGGCCCGGGAGACAGAUUCAGUGCUGCUGUCAGUGGGAUACCGCAAGGUCCCUGGCUACCAUCACCCUGCUGCUUUCCAGGAUUGCCUCAAUGCCACUAUCCACUUCUUGAAAGACCUGAAAACCUAUGGGGUAGACCUUGCCCGGGUGGUAGUUAGUGGAGAGAGCAUUGGAGCUACGGCUGCAGCUGUCAUUGCCCAGAUAUUAUUGGACAGACAAGAUCUUCCCCAGUUUCGGGCUCAGAUUUUGAUUAAUCCAGUCAUCCAGGGGGUCAAUUUUCAGUUACCAUCUUACCAACAGUAUCAAAAUUCCCCUUUUCUGCCUAGGAAAUUUUUGAUGACUUGUGUAUGUAAGUAUUUAGCCAUUGACCUUUCUUGGAUUGAUGCCAUGUUAAAAGGUACUUUUAUACCCCCAGACAGUUGGAAGAAGUAUGAGAAAUGGCUCAGCCCUGACAACAUCCCCCAAAGGUUCAAGAGCCAUUGCUCACAACCUGAUUUUCCUGGACCUUUCAAUGAAACUGCCUAUUUGGAAAUCAACCGUGUUUUCAAUUUAGAAAUUUCACCUCUACUGGCAGAUGACAAGGUCAUUGCUCGGCUUCCUGAAGCAUUCAUGGUGAGCAACGAAUAUGAUGUUCUCCGGGAUGACACCUUGCUCUACAAGAAGCGCUUGGAGGACCAGGGGGUCCCUGUGACCUGGUGCCACCUGGAAGAUGGCUUUCAUGGAUCCAUACUUUUAUUUGAUAAGAACAUUUUCUCUUUUCCUUGUUCACAUAAACUUAUGAGUUCUACAGUCAGUUUUAUAAAGGGCAUUUGAGACCUUAAGAGUGAGCCAGUAGUUUAAUAAUUGCUUAGCAGAAAUAAUUAAAGCUCUAGCACUGCAAAAAAAGGAAAAAAACUUUAAAGAAAUACAUAAACAAGCAGACUGGAGAAAACAAGCAGAAUGAAAAAAACAAAACCCAUAAAGGAAAAUAAAGAAAAAAGUAUGUGUUAGUAACCACGUAGGUAGGAUAAGUCAAAGACAGCCUCUGACAUCAGCAAAGGGCUUUGCUGAGUACCCCAGAUCAUGAGAGAGAGAGAAAGAGAGAGAGAGAGAGAGAGAGAGAGAGAGAGAGAGAGAGAGAGAGAGAGCUGAGGACUUGCUGGGUGCAUGAAUUCUCAUCAUGUCUAUUUUCUUCCCUCAAUGGCAAUGUUCAGUGUUGCAUAUAGCAGAACUCUAUUAUUAUCCCUUAGAGAAUGAAUCUCAAGUUUUUCUAGAAGCACUAUUCUAUGGUAAUGUGCUGAACUGAUGCCACCAAUCUGUCUCAUAGUCACUGGUGGAGGAAUCUAUAUCCAUGAUGAGAAAGCAUUGCAGGGACCACCCUCCUGGUGGAUGAAGUCAAAUUCACUGGUUAGAGCCCAGUUUACAUUUUCUCUUUCUGGCCUGAAAAUCAUUAGGAACUCUGUAGACCCAUCUACCCUUAGGAUGGAUCACAGGAAAAUUUCAUAGGCCUUUGUAGGAAAAAGAGUCGCAGAAUGUGGAAGAAAGAAGGAGUGGAAGGAAAGUGUGUGUUCUGACGAGUGGUGAGCUUUGCCGUGACUCAGAUCUUCAGUUGGAGCUUCUGGAGAAGACUCUUAUCUACCAGGAGGCACAGUCUCAAGUCAAGAUUCUCUUGUGAGUAUCUGAGACCAACUGGAAUAUGGAAAACUCUGCACUGAGUAAAUAGAAAGGACAUCCUGAAGUCACCACCUCACCCAUUAGAGGCACCAUUUGUGGGGAUCCUAAUUCAUUCAAAGGAACAGAUUCUCUGUCUUUGAAGGCCAAUGUCCAGGAAAGCAUUUCAUUGGGUUUUUCUCACAGAAGCUGGUACAGUUGUGAUCCAAGAGGACCCAGCUACAUCUCAAGCUGUCAGCAAACUGAGGGAGCAUCAUGCCAUUGGUAGAGAGUCUUGAAAUUGAGCUGGACACAAGUAAACAAACAAAUGUCAUUGUGGUAUGGUGGAGCAUCUUUCGGGUGUAUGUCUGGGGUGGUAUACCUGGAUCUUGAGCUAUGGCUAAUCCCAGUUUUCUGAGAAAGCACCAGAUAGAUUUUCAAAGUGGUUGUACAUGUUUGCACUCCCAUCAGCAAUGGAGGAGGGUUCCCCUUUCUCCACAUCCUCUCCAGCAUGUGUUGUCACUUGAGCUUUUGACCUUAGCCAUUCUGACAGGUGUAAGAUGGAAUCUCGGAGUGGUUUUGAUUUGCAUUUCUCUGAUGACUAAAGACAUUGAACAUUUCUUUAAGUGCUUCUCCAUCAUUCAAGAUUUACCAUGUUCAGAGCAGCUUUAUUCAUAAUAGCCAGAAUCUAGAUGUUCCUCAACUGAAGAAUGGAAAACAAAACAAAACAAAAUAAAAACAAAACAAAACAAAACAAAAAAACAACUGUGGUACAUUUACACAAUGGAAUACUAUGCAGCCAUUAAAGACAAGGAAAUCAUGAAAUUUGCAGACAAAUGGAUGGAACUAAAAAAGAUCAUCCUGAGUGAGAUAACCCAGACACAGAAAGACACACAUAGCAUAUACACUCACUUAAAAGUUGAUUUUAGUCACAUAGUACAAGUCAGACAUACUACAAUGCACAGACCCCAAGAAGAUAAGCCUAAUGGACAUCUUAGGCUUCAUGUCAGACCACUAGUUAGGAAAGUGGGUGAUAUCUCUGACACAAACUAUUUUGCCUGCUUUUUGAUUGCUUCCCCCUGAUGGGACAUCGUACAUGGCCACACAGGAGGAAGAUUAACUCAGUCCUCAAGUGACUAGAUGGGUGUCUGGGUAGGGGGGCUUGGCUAUUCUGAGGAAUAGGGAGGAGAGGA